AAAUUUUAAAAUUGUUUAGAAUUUGAAAUUUUAUAAUUGUCAGUCAAGCACUGACGACAAGAUUGGCAAGAAUAGAGGCUGCGUUCCGUUUCAGGCAUAUACGCUUUCGAGUUUCAGAUUGAAUCGAGGUAUAAGAAGCAUAUACACUGUGACUCUGACAGGAAAUUGUCGGAAAUUUAAAGCCUGAAGAAGAAGAAGGAAGAUAAUUGUACCUAUUUAAAAUUAUUCUUACACAUAUCGAUUUGAUAUGAGAUUUUUAUCACAAGUGAAAAAAGGACACAAAAAAUUAUAGAGAUUAUUUAUUCGCUAACUCGCGUCUUGGUAUGUCCUUGACAGCGGCACUGAAAUAAAUAUCUUUAUCAAUUUAACGCGAUGAUUCUGCGUUAGACCGAACAAUGAAGGUCGAAUUUCGAUCAUGUCAACGCUCAUUGAGAUCAACAGUGACUCAUAUCCAAACGAGGAUGUUUGCGUUACCACUACGAUCGAGCGAAUCGACUCGACGAUGACGUACAAUGAUUUCUUCACUAAGUAUUUAAUAUGUAACAAACCGUGCGUAAUCAGUUUUCAAGCAACUGAGGACUGGCCAUGCAAGCAUGAAUGGGUACUGAAUGGUGCACCUAAUUUCGAGGCACUCCGCAAACUGUUUGGACAUUCCAUUGUCCCAGUUGCUGAUUGUAAUAGAAAGUUUUACAAUUCACAAUUCAAGAAUAAUAUGCUUAUGGAGAAUUAUUUGGAAUAUUGGGUUGAUUACAAACGGAGCUGUUAUGAUAAAUCAAUGCCAUUGUUGUAUUUGAAAGAUUGGCAUUGUGUAAGAAGCUUCUCCGAUAUCCCAAUGUACGAAGUACCUCAGUAUUUUGUAUCAGACUGGUUAAAUGAAUAUUACAAUGCUCACCCUGAACUAAAUGACGAUUACAUGUUUGUAUACAUGGGACCAAAAGAGACUUGGACUCCAUUGCACGCGGAUGUUUUUACUUCGUAUAGCUGGUCUGCAAAUAUUGUCGGAAGAAAGAGAUGGUUGCUCUUUCCCCCACACGAGGAAGAUCACCUUCGUGAUCUUUAUGGGCAAUUGGUGUAUGAUGUGGUUUCAGAAGAACUCAACGAUCAUACAAAAUAUAAAAUGUACGAUAGUAAAAAGUUAAAAUGUUUCGAUGUAAUUCAAGAAGCAGGGGAGAUUAUAUUUGUGCCAUCUGGAUGGCAUCAUCAAGUUUGGAAUUUGGAAGAUACAAUUUCUGUUAAUCACAAUUGGAUUAAUGGCUGUAAUAUCACGAAUGCGUGGUGUACAUUAAAAAAGGAAUUAAGAUCUGUGAUGAAAGAAGUUGACGACUGCAAGGAUAUGAAGAAUUGGAAUGAACAUUGCCAAUUGAUGCUAAAAACCUCUUAUGGCAUGGACUAUAAACAGUUUCUGGAAUUUAUAUUGUUUAUUGCUAAGAAUCGUUUACAUGCUAUGAUAAAAAAGAGUCAAGUCAUAAGUUUCAAUAAGUAUUAUUUCGGACAUAAUCAUUGUUUGUUUGAUUUGCGAGCACUUAAAAUCAUAUUGGAGGAUAUUAUCACAGACGCGCAAGAUUUGUCCGUGUACAAUUGGAUGUGUGAGAAUGAUAAAGCCCGCAUUUUACUGAAACAUAUUGCUUCGUUUCUCGAUUCUUGUAAUAUUGAAAAUGCAGUUUCUUCAUGAAUACAAAAUCCAAUAAACUGUAAACGAAACAAGACAAACUGUUAAAAUGCCAAUUGUAAAUUUUCUUGUAAAUAUAGCAUGUACUUUCACAAUUAA